AUGCCUUCACUGAACAUCCCCGAUACGUUCAAUAAAACUAAAGGCAUGAUAAAGGACUUAGGGCUGGAUUAUAAAAAGAUCGAUGCUUGCCCUAAUGAUUGCAUGAUCUAUUGGAAAAAUUAUGAGAAUGAAACAUCUUGCCAUGUUUGCGGUGCUCCACGUUGGAAGGAAAUUGCCGAAGGAAACCAUCAAGUUGGAAAAAAUCAUGAAUCUUAUAAAGUUUCAGCUAAAAUAUUAAGACAUUUUCCCUUGAUUCCUAGAUUUCAAAGGUUGUUUAUGUGUGCAAAGACGGCUAGCUCAUUAAGGUGGCAUGAAGAAGAGCGUUUGAAAGAUGAGAAGUUGAGGCAUCCUGUAGAUGGGGAAGCAUGGAAAGAAUUUGAUAAACGCCAUCCAGACUUUGCUUUAGACUCACGUAAUAUAAGACUUGGAUUAUCCAGCGACGGAUUUAAUCCCUUCAGAACUAUGAAUGUGUCUCAUAGUACCUGGCCUGUGUUAUUAAUACCAUAUAUAUUUCCACCUUGGUGUUGCAUGAAGGCUGAGUAUUCUAUGUUGUCUUUAUUAAUACCUGGACCACAAUCGCCAGGGAAUAAUGUUGAUGUGUACCUUCAACCAUUGAUUGAAGAGCUAAAGGUGUUAUGGGAUUUGGGAGUAGAAACAUAUGAUGCAUCACUAAAGCAAACAUUCCAAAUGCGAGCAAGUCUCUUGUGGACUAUUAGUGACUUUCCUGGGUAUGCUAUGUUAAGUGGGUGGAGUACAAAAGGGAAACUUGCAUGUCCUGGUUGUAAUUAUAACACUAAUUCGACAUAUUUGAAGCAUAGUCGAAAGAUGUGUUAUAUGGGUCAUCGUGCUUUUUUGCCUAUGGAUCAUAAAUAUAGAUCAAAUGCAAGGGAUUUCAAUGGAAGAACAGAAAAUAGGCCACCACCAGAAUUGUUAAAAGGGGAAGAUAUCUUUGAUUUGUUAGAAGCCUUUAACAAUGCAUUUGGUAAGAUGCAAAAGAAAUGUAAUGAUGGUCCAUGGAAGAAAAAAUCUAUUUUUUUUGAGUUGCCAUAUUGGAAGCACAAUAUUGUACCCCAUAAUCUUGAUGUUAUGCACAUAGAGAAAAACAUAUUUGAUAAUAUAAUUGGAACUUUGUUGGAUAUCCUAGGAAAGACAAAAGAUCAUGAAAAAGCUCGUUUAGAUUUACAAGACAUGGGCAUUAGAAAGAAACUUCACCUUAAAGAGUUAGAUCAAGGUAAAAAGAUAGUGUUUGCAAAAGCAUAUUUUUCCAUGACUGCAAAGGAUAAGACUACUUUUUAUUUUGUACUAAAAAAAGCAAAAAUACAUGAUGGAUGUGCUUCAAACAUUUCAAAAUGUGUUCAACUUGCUGAAAGAAAAGUUAGUGGAUAUAGGAGUCAUGAUGCACAUUUCAUGUUGCAUUACUUGCUUCAAGUAGCUGUGAGAAGUGCAAUGUCUAACCAGGUUGCUCACCCUUUAAUUCGUCUUUGUUCCUUUUUUUCGAUGUUUAUGUCAGAAGGUGAUUGA